CCCGUCUCCGUCGCACCCUCACCCACACCUCGCCGCCGGCCCUCUCCCGCAUACCCAGCCCCCGCACGCAGACGCAGCUGUGCUGCAUCUGCAGAGUGGGCUCGCCGACCGUCUGCCACCCCGACAUCCUGCCCGCGCCCCUCUCCGCCUUCGCAGCGCCCCGUUUGCUCGGCGUGCGCCUUUUUUCACUCCCCUUCUUCUCCCUCCACACGCCGGCCGCGCCGCGCGCGUACGUGCCCGCCAGCGCCAGCGCUCCAGGCCGCCGCCUCUGCGCAGGAGCAUCCCGCACGGCGACACCACAGGCCGCAGCUGUGUCUCAGCUGUGCCUCCGCCGAGCGCACUCCCGUUUCUCUGACAGGCGCCCCUGCACCGGCGCCGGCGCCCCGCCGUCUCGCGGCUGCGCUCUAGUCGCGCCCGUCUCGCGCGACUUGCGCCAGCUCUCUGCGCCAUGGACGUCUACUCGACGACCUUCACGCUGCCGCGUGCAGCGGCGUCCGUCGCCACCGAGGCACAUGUGACGCCGUAUGCGCCGCACGAUGCCUCGUCGGCGGGCACGUCGCGCAUCUCGCUCGCCGGCCUCGGCGGCUCGGGUCCCGGCGCCAUGUCCGACACAUCGCUGCCCGGCCAGCUGCCGCCGCCGCGCGCGCAGCCGCCGGCGCCCAGCUCGGGCCGCAUGGGCUCGAUGCGCUCGCGCUUCCCGCCCAGCGUCAAGGCCUUCAUGCCGUCGGCCUUCGGCGGCAGCAAGCGCGCCAGCGAGCGCAUUGCCGAGGCCAGCCACGGCGCCGAGCGCUCCGAGGGCGAGGCCGACGAUGGCGACCUUGCGUCUGCCGACGCCGACGGCGCCUCUGCCACGCCCGACGACUCGUCUGCGGUGCCCGGCCUCUCUGGCGAGGCACUUGCGGCCAUGCGUGGCGGCGGCCUGACGGAGAGCAUCACCGAGGAAGGUCCGCGGCCAGACGGCAACGGCAGCCCCAGCCAGAACCGUGACUCGCGCUCGACGGCAGGCACACGCUCGUCGGUCGACUUCGGCUCCGGCGCAUCGGGCUCGGCCGGCAGCACGGCGCCGAGCACGGCACCGACCGGCACCAAGGUCGGCGCCGGCGGCACCAGCACGCGCGCCACGUCCGACUCGACGCCCAGCGCCACGCACAGCGCCAACGCCAGCAUGUCCACCAGCGCCGGCGUCGGCCCGCAGCAGACCGGCGCUGAGCUCACCGAGGCCAUGAGCCGCCUGGCGUCCGAAGCCAUGGGCUCGCACCAGUGUCUCGUCGCCUGCGCGCCCGUCAGCCAAGAGGAGAGCGCCUCUGCGUACCGCAAUGGCGGCAGCAGCGAAGCGGCCUUCGUGCCGUUCCCCGGGCAGAACGGCCACGGUGCUGCGUCGCCAUUUCCCAACAGCUACCCCUACCAGCAGUACGCGCAGGGCUUUGGACACGACGCCAUGGCCAGCGCCUUUCCCUCGCGCAUGGGUAUGCCGAUGGGGCCCGGCAGCGCCGCGUCGAGCAUGCUUGGCAUUGGCUCGCCAUACGGCCUCUCGCUGGGCAGCACCACCUCGCUGCACUCGACGCACAGCCUCGGCGCCGUCGGCGCGCCACCAGCGCCGGCGCCGCCGGCCAAGCCCAAGGCGCCGCAGUUCAACUUCCACCUCAGCGGCGGCUACACACAGGUCAUGUCGGCCCGCGGCGCCAUCCUGCGCGAUGCGCCGUUCCGCGCCAAGAGCGUCGUCAAGGUGCCGCGAGCCGACAUCAUCGAUGCCGCGCCGCGCCCUGCCAACGCCAGCUCGGCGCAGCCCUUCGCGGCGGCAGACACGAUGAAGCCGCACGUGCAGGCGCGCCUCGACGACAUCGCCGGCGACACGCGCGUGCACAUCUCGUGCGCCGGCGCCGAGGCGCACGGCAAGGACCUCGGCUACGGUCUCGAGACGGAGCGCAACGUCGAGCUGGUCAUCUCUGGCUCGCACGAGGGCGUGGAGCAGGCGCGUGUCCGUGUCCUGGUCAUGCUUGACGAGCUGAGCGGCCUUCACGUCGAGACGUGCGAGAUUGACUACAAGCUGCACAACAUCAUCGGCGGGCGCAAGCGCUACGUGAUCCAGACGAUCCAGGAGGAGACGGGCACGAGCAUCUACAUGCCCACGCCCUUCUCCGGCAUCCUCUCGUCGAACCGCGCCGACGCCGGGCUGCUGGCGCGGCACAACACCAUCUACAUCUGCGGCGAGUUCUUCGGCGUGCAGCGGGCGCGCGACAUGCUCUUCCAGGUGUCGGUGCACAAGAGCAAGUGCAUCAUCUCGCGCGACACGGCCAUCCUGCCGCGCAAGAUCGACUGGAUGCUCACGGAGCGCCUCGAGGAGCUGCGCUCCAUCAUGCUCGACAAUGGCUCCUUCAUCAAUCUGCCGCUGCUCGGCAGCCAGAUCAGCGUCGUCUCGGUGUACGGCGACAACCGCGUGAGCAUCGAGCGCACGAUCCGCUCCGUCAUGCAGCUGGCGUGCCAGUUCUACGUCGCCUCGCUGUGGCUGCUGCCGGUGGCGUACGACGCCUUUAUGCCGUCGGCCACGUUCAACAGCGGCCAGCUGGCGCCGGCGCUCAAGAAGAUCAGCACGACGUCGGGCGCCGAGGUCGUGUUCAAGAGCAACUGCUUCGAGCUGCACGGCCUCGAGAACGAGGUGCGCAGCGCCGUGUCGCUGAUCCUCGACCUCGACGUCGUGCGCGCGUACAACUUCGAGGUGCGCUUCCAGAUCGAGCUGGCCAACGAGCACCGCGAGUUCAUCAGCGGCAAGAAGAAUGGCAAGAUCAACAAGAUCAUGAAGCAGUGCGGCGUGCGCAUCAAGUUCGAGACGUUCAACGACUACAACUUCCUCAUCGACGUGUCCGGCAACGACCGCGUCGGCGCGCUGCAGGGCCUCGCGUUCCUGCAGGAGGAGCUGCCGGCCGAGGUCUCGUUCCACGUGCCCGAGGCGUACCACAAGCGCAUCAUCGGCGUCGGCGGCAAGAGCAUCCAGCGCAUCAUGAAGAAGUACGGCGUGUACGUCAAGUUCUCCAACGCCGAGGAGUUUGCCGCGCUCGGCGGCUACGUCGACAACGAGGACAACGUCGUGGCGCGCACGCCGGCCAAGAACGCCAUCAACCUCGACAACCUCAAGCAGGCCGUCAUGGAGCUGGUGAAUCCCAAGGACAAGGACUACGCCACCGAGACCGUGUCCAUCGCGCGCCGCUACCACCGCACGCUGCUCGGCGAGAAGGGCAUCUUCAUCCACGACAUCGAGAACAAGACGAGCUCCGCCGUGCGCUUCCCGCCCAAGGAGACGGCCUCGGACCUCGUCUCGAUCUUCGGGCCCGAGUCGCAGAUCCACAUUGCCGCGCAGAUGCUCCUCGACCACGUGCCCUUCGAGGCCGAGUUCCGCACGCCCAACUCCGUCGAGCUGGCGCAGCUCGUCGCGUCGCACGACUUCGUCGCGCUGACUGAGCGCGUCAACCGCGACCUGAACGUCGUGAUUGUGCCCGUCGUCGGCGCCGCGACCACGCCGAGCGGCGAGGCGCCUGCCGCACCGACGUCGGGCGAGGCCGUGUUCAAGCUGCGCCUGAACCGCAGCAACGCCGACUUCCUGCCGGCAUCGAAGGACGCGCUCGAGGACUUCCUCGUCUCGCGCAACAUCAACGUGUACGACUCGCCGGCGCGUGCGCGCUCCGACAGCUUUGCCUCGUCGUUCCCGCACUUUGCCACCAAGCUCAUCAGCACGGCCGCCGAGUCGACCGACUCGUUCCAGCCCAGCGAGGCGCUGCGCUACCAGCACGAGCGUUCGCGUCUGCGCGCCGCCGCCAGCACGCCGGACAUCAAGGCGCUCUUCGACUCGCCGCAGUACGGCACCGUCGGGCAUGGCGCUGGCGGCAGCAUGGGCCAUGCGCACCCGUACGCGCCCAUGCCGCCCAUGCAGGCCUCGACGAACCCGACGAACUCGCCGCUCGUCUCUUCGUCGCUCUACCCGUCGCCAUACGGCGAGACCAGCAACAGCAGCUCGCUGAGCAGCGACGUGUGGGCUGCACCGCCACUCUCGACGCCGGGAAGCGCAGGCGGCAUCGUCUUCCCGCAUCACAACGCACGCCUGAGCGACGACGUCGGCCUCAUCCACCGCAGCGGCGACGGGCUCGCCGAGGAGGAGCGUGUGCGUGCGCUGCGCAAGCCGCGCUCGUUUGCGCACCGAGCGCAGGCCAACCACCGCGCGCAGUCGCUCGACAUCAGUGCGCUGGCGGCGCAGCAGGCUGCGCAGGCCAUGGCUGCCGGCGCCCAGCAGCAGCAGGCGCCGCUCGGCAGCACCAACCAGUUUGUGCCGUCGCACGGCCCUGCCUCGAGCAUCUCCCGCCUGCCGCCGGCCACUGGCGCGGGCCCUAAUCACCCGGAUCCCUCGACGAUGGACGAGGUCUCGCGCGUGCUUGCACAGCUGGCCUUCGACCGUGCCUAG